AUGUUUCACAGGGUAACUGUCACCUCAUCACGAACAGCUCUUGCGCUUCGUCGUGUUGCUGCUCUUCGGUAUAUCCAAGAGGGUGCCGUUGGACGCGAGGGCCAGUCGAAAGGCUUCAGUCAAAGGGAGAAAUCCCAGGAAGACAAAUACGUCUAUGAGAUUGAGAAGAGGAAGCUACAGGAGAAAAUUAGGAAGCACCAGGAAGAACUUGCUGAGCUCGAAAAGAAGGCAGCUGAGGAAAAGGUCAAGAAGAAUUGA